CCUGGGGCUAUUGCCUCAGAUGUAGAUGAAUCUGAUUACAUGUUACCGGCCCCCAACCUCCCUGCUCUCCCACUAGUGUCAGCGGUGGGAUCAGACCGGAGUCCCAGCUGCUAACCCAGGGCCAGGGCCCAGGCCGGCUGAGCGCUCUGCCCUGGAUGGAGAUGGCCUUGGUGCUGGUCCCUGCCUUUUGCCUUCUGAGCGGUGCCUACACCCAGAAGUGGGGCGUGACACUCGCACCAGAGCCCCUGGCUGGAUGGGUCGGCUCCUGUGUGACCAUCCCCUGCAACUUCACCUACCCUGGAGGGUGGACGGUCAGUGCCGUGAACUGGACACGAGACGGGAAUCAAACCGUGUAUCACUCGAACAAGACUCGUGUCGACGCUGCCUUCAAGGGCCGCGCCCGCUAUCUGGGGAACCUGAAGCACGACUGCUCCCUGCGGGUGGUGGGGCUGCGCCCCAGCGAUAACGGCACCUACCGCUUCCGGUUCUACGCAGCGGGCUAUGGCAAGAGUGACAACUGGACGGGUCAGCCAGGACAGCAGCUCAAUGUCUCUGCCCAUCCGUGCCAGCCCUCCCUGGGGCGCCGAAUGGAACCAGGACCCUCCCUCAUCUGCUCUGUGGAGGCCAAGUGCCCCCAUCCCCCCUCCUGGUACGACCGAGAUGGCGCGCAGCAGAGCCCAGAGCAAACCCUGGCCUGGGCUAGGGCGAUCGAGCUGCUAAUAUCCCCGUCCCAGCUGGACCCCGGCGUGGUGCUGAGAUGCCAGGUGGAUGGAUACAGGGAUGAGUGUGACUCUGACCAAUCCCAGCCCCUGGGGACAGCCACCCCCAAGUUGCCCAGGGUCGAGGUUUCGUGGCCGGCAGGGCAGGCAGCGCUAAGGGAAGGCAACAAUUUUACCCUGCGCUGCCGGGCUGCUGGCCUGCGGCCCGUCGCCGUGUACAUCUGGUCCCGCGGGGACGUGUGGCUGACAGAAACCAGGAAGGACUUACGUGUUGACAAGGCAGCCGUCUCUGAUGGAGGGAGCUACGCGUGCGGGGUCUGGGUCUCUGGCGCCGGCUGGGGGUAUCUGAGCCUCUCUGCGAGGGAAUCGGUCGAAGUUCAGCUCACCCGCCCUGUUUGGGCUCCCACGUACAUCAUAGGACCUACAGUUGCGCUUGUCCUGUUGCUGCUGGUGGGGCUGGUCGGCGUCAUAGCUUGGAGGAAGAGGCGGAGCAAACGCCAGGGAAUGAGCAGCAAUCCGCACCCGCCGGGCCCGGGGGAGACCCCGAUGUCUGAUCGCAUCUAUGAGAACACCCAGCACUAUGGCAUGGGGAAGCCAGCCCGCCUGGCCCCACCCGGGGCCCCCAGCGCGACCACUGAAGUGUGCCCGGGCUCUUCGGCCAGCACCAGGCAAUCCCACAUCUACAGCCAGCCGAUGGACAUGGGCAAAGUACCACAGGGUGACCUGGACGAGGUCAACUACUCGGCCAUCCAGCUGCAGCCUCCCCCCCGGAGAGCAGAGCCUGAAGCCGACCUCACCUGCGAAUACGCUGCUAUUAAGCGCUAGCAUCCAGCUGUUGCUCACCUGGCGCCUCCCCCCAAAUUCAGGGCAGCCCCACGGCCUGGGCGACACACGAGGCCAGGCUGGGUGAUCUCCCCGCCCCCGGCUGAGCUGAGACUCUGGGAAUUAGGCUCCAAAUUCAGAGGUUUGCUAAGAUCUGGAUUCUUAGAAGUGGCCCCAUAAAUGGGGCAUUCAAGGGGGCGCCUCAGGGAUCGGAGGGUGGAGGGAGGCACUAAGGCCCAGCUCCUGGAAGGGAUUUCAGUGCCUAACUCCCCUGGGGCUUCACUCCCGCAGAAGGGCUUUUUCUGUCACUUCCCAUUGACUCAAUAGACAUUCCAGGCUUCAGCGCGACGCAGACACAGCGCGGCUCUGCUGGACUCACACUAUAAAGCUUUAGAACUAAAACACAAAGUGUCGACUGUCUUGUUAUAGCCGCUUGGCCCUGGGCUGGGAGAGAGACAAGGUGGGUGACGGUGAAAUCGAGGUUUCCUGCCAUUGAGUAAUGAAAAUAAUUGAAAUCUUCCGAGCCUACAUGUAUUUAUGUCAGACCAAGAGUCAGUGAGAGACCAGCCUUAUAACCAAUAACCGCCCUUAUCCUAAGCUAAUGCACCAAUUUCUUUGUGGCGGAUUCUAGGCCCCAUUGCCAAACCUCUUACUGAACAGACGUUCACUUAGUACGUCCACAGGCUUGGAGGAUUUGGUUUUUAGUGGUAAACGUCAAUUUCGCCAUAUUCACACCAACCGCCAAAACAUAUUUCCCUUGGUAAUAAUUGACAUCGGCAGAUGGGCCAGGUAAGAAAACUGUGGCUUGAGAACUUAGUGUUUGAUUUAAGGAUAUUGAGUUGGGAAUUUUGACCGGGGAUGUUGACGAUUUGUGUUUUAAGAGUUGUAAAGUGUUCACUCUUUCAACCUCGACACAUGCAGUCAUGAAAUAAAUAUUGGCUGACACACACACCCCCUCCACAAUUUCCUGCAAUUAGGACAAUUUAAAGUGAUAAAAUUAGUUUAAAGGCCAUAAUUUUGCACAAUUGUGAAAAUUUAAAAUCAAUCAAAAUCUGAAACAUGAUGAAGAAUAAAUAUCGAUAUUAUCUCUUGAACUUAGGG